AACAUGCGGACUACGUCGUGAUUUAGGUGUGUUAGUUGAUAUCAAUUCAGUGCACGACUUCCUGAAACCAGGAAACAGGGCGUCCGUCGUUCCUUGACUGCACUGAAGUAGAAUCUCCGUGUCCGGAUCAACUCGUCUCAGUGCUCUCGAAGCUUCUCGCGAUAGCCUAGCUUAGUUCGGCUCGCUCGCCGCGAGCAACGCGACGCCUUUUGGGAGCAACAUCCGGCGAUCGUCGCCGUGAGAAUGUGCGCGAGACGUGUGAAGGAAGAGGAGUGCGAGGAGGAAUUUUGCAAGCGGCGUCAACACGGCGCAGCGGACGUCCGUGAAGAAGAUCUUCGUCCUGAGAAGCGGGAGCCAGAGACGCCACACGUUAAAGACGAAGAGCAGCAGGACGAAAUCAGCAGGUUUCCCUCGACUGGCGUCGCUUUGAAGGAUGAAGACGACGACGGAGACCGCUGGGGAGGAUCCCAAGCCGAAGACCUCUCGGCUCCGCUGUCGGAGCGUGACGACGUAACGUCGCACUCUUCUGAUUAUGACGAGGCGGAGGCGGAUGAGGAUGAGGAUGAUGAUGAUGAUGACGAUAAAGAUGAACACGCCAAAGGUGAUAUGACAUGUCACACUGACAACAAAUGCUUUCAGUGUUGUCAUUGUGACAAAUCAUUUGACAAAAAGUCGUCGUUGAAAGAACACACGAGAACGCACACCGGAGAAAAACCUUUUGCCUGCUCAGUUUGCGGUAAAAGAUUCUCGAGAAAGGCACAUUUAAAAAUACACACAAGGACACACACUGGAGAAAAACCUUGUGUCUGCUCAGUUUGCGGUAAAAGAUUCUCGACAAAGUCACAUUUAACGAGACACACAGUCACACACACUGGAGAAAAACCUUUUGCCUGCUCAGUUUGUGCUGAAAGAUUCUCUAUAAAGUCACAUUUAAACGAACACACAAGGACACACACCGGAGAAAAACCUUUUGUCUGCUCAGUUUGUGGCAAAACAUUCUCCAGGAAGGCACAUUUGAAAAAUCACACAAAGACACACACUGGGGAUAAACCUUUCGCCUGCUUAGUGUGUGGUAAAAGAUUCAUUCAAAGAUGGUCUUUGACAGCACACACAAGAACACACACUGGCGAAAAGCCGUUUGUCUGCUCAGUUUGUGGGAAAAGAUUUAUUCAGAAGGGCGAUUUAACGAGUCAUACAAGAACACACGCCGUGGAAAAACAUUUUGUCUGCUCAGUUUGUGACAAACGAUUCACCGAUAAGGGAAGCUUAAAAAGACACACGAGGACACACACUGGAGAAAAACCUUUUGCCUGCUCAGUUUGCGGUCAAACGUUCACCAGAAAUACAAAUUUGAACACUCACACAAGAAUACACACUGGAGAGAAACCUUUUUCCUGCUCAGUCUGUGGUCAAACCUUCACUCAGAGACGCUCUUUGACGGCGCACACGGCAACACACGCUGGUGAGUUGCAGUGUGUGUCCGAAAACAUCGCGUGAUGUUUAACCCUCCCUUUGCGCCGAUGACAUUUUUCAGCGUGUAUUUAAAGACAAAAGGCGACAGGGACAAAAUUUUGCCACAAAGGUUGUUCUUCCUUUUUUUUCUUUUUCUUUUUUGCCCCAUUGACUCCCAUGAUAAAUCAUAUUUUGCAAAGGUGCGUGUGGGGAUUGUUUUGAGAAAUGAACUCUGAACUGCUUCUAAAUAGUUCGUUCCCUUUUGUUCAUUGCCUGUGGUUGUUUAUUCUUCUUGGUUGUUGUUUUCUCACCUUGUUUGUUACGUAAUAGUUCCGGUUGCAUCAAACCUCUGUGUUUUGAUUUAUUGACUUAUCCAAGGCUCUCGUGACCUCAUAUCAAAUACUCCACUUUGAAAUUGAUUGUUUCAAAAUAGGGCCUUAUUUAGCGUUAUGGUCAUUAUGCUACACUGCUUUCAUUGUCCA